AGUAUCAACAUAUUACAGUAAAGUUGUCAUGAAUUUCGGUGGCAAAUAAAUUGAAUUGAGAGAUGCAGUUUAAUUCUCUCGCUCCUAUAUUUGAGUUUGUCAUCCUAUUAUGUUCGCUGUCCCGUUAAGUCCGUAACGUUGUUGAAAGCCGUAUACUAGCAAAAUAAAAGCUAGGAAUGACAGCUAUACUGCACACCUAUCCCAAUAAACAAAACUCAAAGGCGAAGGAGACAAAAUUCAAAAUGAAAGCGGAAAUCUCACGCUUGAAUAAAACUUAAAAGAGACGGCAAAGCUCAAUAAUAUAUCAAGUUUUGUCUUGCAACAGUAGGAGGCAGGAAUCUCAUGAGCAGCUUAGUUUGUUGUCGAUGCAAAUGAGGGCAAAGGUAUAGUACCAUCAGUAAUGAAAGGUUAAAUUUCUACAAUGUCCAAUCGUUUACUCAUCAAUAUAGCAAAUGCUGUAGAAUGGUUGAAUGAUAGGGCGAAAGAUAGGGUGUUUUAUAAAGGAGUGGUAAAGUUUUUGGAAGAGGCAGCUAGUAUUUUAGAACCUGCUGUCGAAAGUCUUCGUGGCAAAGAUAUACAUCAGACUGACCAGGUAUUUGCCAGACCUUUAUACAAAUAAUCUGCUUAGUGUGAAAAAAUAGCAUAGAUUUCAUCUUCGUUCAGGCAAUGUGUUGUGUGUUUCACUGAGUAGGACAUACACUAUAGUGGAUCGAUACAGAAAGACCAUGAAAGAGAGACUUAGAGCAAGUCUAGUGCAAGCAUGGCGGUCAAUUUUAAAACAAAGACAAGUGACUAAAUUGUCGACUACAUGUAAUGACUUUGUGUUUGCUGGUGAAUAUCACAUGUAAAAACGCACAAGUUGUAACAAACCUGCAGUAGACUUGUAGCAAUGCUGUUCCAACAACUUGUUAUCAGGAUGUGUUCGCACUGCUUGUUCCCAGCUUGUUGACAAGUUGUCAACGGUUUGUUGGCAACUUGCUACAAGGUUAUUGAGCACAACGGACUUGUUACAAGUUGUUCCAACAACUUGGUAUCGUCUUGCAAUUCAACAAUUUGUCAACAAGUUAUGGGUGACAACCUUGUAGCAACUUGAUAAACUAACAGCAUUGUUACAACUUGUUGACAAGCUUGCUACAAGCCUGUUGCAAGCACAUGUUGUUGACAAGUUGUGAGAUUUUUACGUGUAUACAUGUCAUGCCCUACAAGUGUCAAUCUUGAGGUUCACUCCAUGUGUAUUUAAUCAAUCAAUCCUUUCGUUUAGAUAGUAGACGAAGACAGUAUCCUGAUGAUAUUAAAUGAUCUGAUCGAUCAUAUCGAUUACAUCACGAAUAAAGAUGGUAUGCAAAUGACGUCACGAUUAGAGAAAGCCAGACAACGGUUGGACCUAGCUAGACAAACGAUGCGAUUGGAAUCAGCCAUAAUUCCCGAAACACGCGUGGACUUACAGAAGAUUUUAGACAAUGUGGAAAGCGCGUUACAAGAGGAUAGUGAUAACAUAAAUUUAAAAACUGCAUUAGUUCGGUUGAGAGGUACAAUGAAUGAUUUGUCAAAUGUUUAAAUAUUGUAUAGCUAGAUAAUGAACAGAGCUCACGGUAAAAUAAUCGUUCAAUACUGUCCUAUAAAAUACAUGUCCUUUUUCCUCUAAGAAAGCUGACUGGCUCCUCAAAUAAAAUAUAAGUUUAUCUGAUGAAUGAGAAAGUUUACCCAAACCCUAACAGCCUAAUAAUGUCCAGCUUUGCCUGACGUCUGUAUCUACACGGGCUCGCUCAACUAGCUGGAAUGUGUGUUAAUGCUCUGUCAGACUAGCCUGCGAACAGGCUCUCUUUGAACAGGCUCAAUUGAGCCUCUAUUAACUAUGGUCUGUCUAUACACGCGCUUAUUGGCCCGAUUCAGACAGAAAGAUCAACUGUCAAGACAGGUCCAUUUGUGUAGACGAUCCUAGCAUGAGUUCAAUCCCUGUGUCUAGUAUACAGACGAAUUAUCUUUCCUUUGUCGAAGUCUUUGCAGACAGAUUGUCUCUCGCAUGAAUUCAGUGUGAAGGCAUUUCCAAUAAUUCCACGUACAUUGUGUUAUAAAUGCGAAGUGAGACGAAACUGGCUAUGAUAGGACUCACCAGCUACCAUGAACUGAAAUCACCAAAACCAGAUGAUGUCUUAGCUUUCUUCUUCGCUGGCUGCGAUGAACUGUCGUCAACGCUACUAAAU